UCUGCCACUUCACUGACGGCAGCUGAGCUUAAUAGACAUAAUACCAUCAAGUAAGCGGUACAACGUGUCUAUGGCUACAAUGACUAGAAUUUAAAGGUGAAGAGAUUGAUUCAUCAACAGCUCCAUGAGCUGUCCAGUUCAAGCAACAUGGCACAUUUGUCUUUCAGCAGUUUGACUCCUGAAAAGACAGAACAGAUCUUGUUGGCGCCUUACCAAUACAUCUGUCAGAUACCAGGAAAACAGAUCAGAUUAAAGUUGUCAAAUGCAUUUAAUCACUGGCUUCAAAUACCUGAAGAUAAAGAGCAGAUAAUUGUGGAAGUUAUACAAAUGCUUCACAAUGCAAGUCUUAUUAUAGAUGACAUAGAGGAUAGCUCAAAGUUACGGCGUGGUAUUCCAGUGGCACAUAGCAUCUUUGGUGUAGCACAGUCCAUCAAUUCAGCCAACUAUGUCUACUUCCUUAGUCUAAGCAAGUUGAAUCAACUGAAGAAUGCUGAAGCCAUGAAAGUAUUCACAGAUCACUUGCUUGAGUUACAUCAAGGUCAAGGGAUGGAUAUUUAUUGGCGGGAUGCAAUUAUCUGCCCCACAGAAGAGGACUACAAGGCCAUGGUUAUACACAAGACAGGGGGCUUGUUUGGGCUGGCUGUCAAGCUAAUGCAACUCUUCAGUGAGAACAAGCGGGACUUCAAGCCCUUACUUGAUACACUGGGGCUGUAUUUUCAAAUCAGAGAUGAUUAUGCUAACUUACUGGCAGAUGAGUACACUGCGAACAAAAGCUAUUGUGAGGAUUUAACAGAAGGGAAGUUCUCCUUUCCUAUCAUACAUGCCAUUCGGUCUAAUCCCCAAGAUAACCAGCUGAUUAAUGUACUGAGACAACGGACCACAGAUAAUGAUGUAAAAAAGUAUUGUGUCCACCUCAUGCGCAAGAUGGGAUCCUUUGAAUAUACUCGUGAGACGCUGAAGGACCUGGAAAAACAGGCUACAGAGUUGAUUGACAGCCAUGGAGGUAAUCCCUACUUAUCAAGUCUUAUCUGCGAGUUGAGCAAAAUAUAUCAGCCAACAAGUCCUGCAGCUAGCUGAGUUUGGUUCAUGCUAGCAACUUUAAGGAUACAGACUACAUUCCAUAAUAAAAUCUACAAGUGUUGUCUGUGUCUGAGACAGUUCAUGUUUUGUAAAUCCUCAGAAGGGUCAUGUUUUGACGAACUACUUCACCUGGUGUGAUGGUAGUAAUUUUAACAUUAAAUAUUAAUAUGACUUUUUAAAAAAGUUUGGUUCCAGGAUCGCCCUUUUAAAUGACCAAAAGUACUUGUCGACCAUGUUGAGAUAGAAUCUGAAGUUCAACUUCUCAGUUUUUUUAAGUUAUGUCACGAUACUCAUUAAAUUAUUUGUGAGUCAUUUGUAUAUGCCGCAGGUGUUCAGUUUUUAAAAAAAUAGAUCUUGAAUAAGAUCCUUAGAUAUUCCUGUCUUUUUUAGUCCUUCUCCAUUUUAUGCAAAUUUCAGUUGAUCAUGCACAAAUUUUUGUGGUAUUUACAUGGAACAAUAAUAAUAGUGAUAGUACUGCUGUGUAAAAAAAAAAAAUUCUGGUGUAAACGGCUUUUGACAAAACAAAAAGAAGGGCAUGAUAGCUUUCCUCCUCUGGAAGAUCUUGGGCAUAUCCUGUAAAACAGUGGUUUAAAAAAAUGCUGAUUGUUGAUACAGUUUAAGGUCCAGAUAUAGAAACGUUUUGCUCAGGGAAGGACUAUGCGAAACAGGUUACACGUUCUUUAUUUUCAUUUUUCCAUACCAUGUCGAGUGCACGAGAAAGUUUUGCAUCCAGGGUUUGUUGUAAUGUUACUGAAUCUACAGUCUAUAAGAAGGAAGCCACUUGCAAAUGAAAAUGAAGUACUUGAUUCUUGGUUUAACCUUUUACAUCUGCCACACAGUGUGAUGGAAGCAGUUUGCCAAACACUAUUUUAUGCUGACCUUUUUUUUUUUUUUUUUCAAAAACCGGUGCAUUCAUUCUUGUAUAUAUAUUUUCUUGUCAUGGGUCUUGAAAGAUCGUAAGUGCAAUCAAGAUUUAAACUAGUAAUGAUUUUAAAAGAUGAAUUUUGUGGAGAUUAUUUGCAUUUUUUGUGAUGCUUUUCCUGAACUAGUGCCGACCAUUAAGUAAUAUUUACAUGUCCACUCUCACUGGCUCAUGUAACAAAACAUAAGAGUUUUAAAAAGCUUUUUAUUGUUCCAAUGACAAUGCUCAUGACCAAGUAUUCUAUUGUCGUCAAAAUGCAAAAGGUUGCAAUUCAUUCACUUUUGUGAGCAGCCCACAUACAUGAGAACAAACAUCAGCAGUUUAGUUCUGCCUGCAUUUUAUUGUUAUCCAUGCACCUAUCAAAACAGGCUCUUCAUAUUUCACAGUAUCCAUACAAUAAUAGAUCAGUCUCCCUGUCUGCUGAAACUAUUUUAGAUGCUUACAACAACAAUAAACCUAACAUUCACAGAGAGACUUUCUGGCUGAUUUUAACAUCUAGAGCUGUCUGGAAGGUUCUAUUUGCAGCCAUGUUGAAUCAUUAGUACUGCAUCUACUACACCAUCACAGACAAC